UCUGAAGGUGUUUCAGCACAGUCCUUCCUUCAGACAUUCACGCUAGCAAGCUCAGCAUUCAAUCUUCAAGUGGCCUCUCCUGGGGGAAAGGCAUUGGAUUUUUUGGGAAUCAGUGAAUCGGACACAAGAUGGUUCCAGGAAUUUCAGUUGAAGCCGUAUGCCAACCCAGCAAAACUGGAAUCUAUAGAUGGUUCUCGUUAUCAUGCACUUUUAAUCCCACAUUGUCCCGGGGCUAUGACUGACUUGGCAAACAGUGGCUAUCUGGCUAGAAUUUUGCAGCACUUCAAAGCAGAGAAGAAACCUGUUUGUGCUGUUGGUCAUGGUGUGACUGCCUUGUGUUGUGUUAUUGCUGAGGAUAAGUCCUGGAUAUUUCAAGACUACAGUCUUACUGGGCCUUCUGUAUUUGAGCUUGUCCGUCUGCCUGACUAUGGCAGCCUGCCUCUUAUCCUGGAAGACUUUGCUAAAGAUGCUGGAGCAACAUUUAGUGCUAGUGAGCCAGAUGCUGUUCAUGUUGUUCUGGACAGACAUCUGAUAACGGGACAGAAUGAAAACUCCACAAUGGCUGCUGUUCAGAAUCUGAUCUUGCUCUGCAAUGGAAGGUGGGUGCCAGCUUUCUGUCUGUUUGGUUGUAUCAAUAUGCUGAUGUUAUGUGUGUAA